AUUUCCCUAAGCUCCAACUUUCAACCUCAAUUCUUUCACAAGCCUUUUUAUUUUUAUUUUCAUUUUUUUUGCAAUUCGAUGUCGAUAUAGCCUCAUUGGCGCCCAAUCGCGCCAGCUGGCUGCACUAGAAGAACCACCAAUGGAAUAGAUUUAACCGUCACUCUCCGCUUCGAAAUGUUUUGACCACACCUAUCCAACUUUAGGUACUCAUGAUUGAAAGGAGGGUCUAUACGUCCCAUCCUUUUCCUUUAUUUUCCCUCCGCCCAUGUCUCCCGUCUUGGUUUCGCAAUGUCGUCGAGCCGCCAACCGUCGCAUACGUUCCCAGAACGAUAGCAUAUGGAUCCCCGACGCCCUUCUCGCCGCCGUAUUUGAUCGUUACUGCAUGAACUCAAGGACAAUCGUUCGUUAUGGCUCCUCUGUUCCUGGACCGAUGGAGAACCGAAGGCGCAUGGGGAAAAGACAUAUGGGAGAACUCAAUCUGGGCCAAAUGCGCUCUGGUUCACCUUUGUGGGGGCUCGAGAAUUUGGCAGACUUGACGCAAUGGCAUUGGAAGCCGCCAUUGCUGCCUCACGAGCGACUUCAACAACGCCGAGACGCGAGAGCACGCGAGCGGCCCUUCGUACGAACCAUGCUGAACUGGUUUUCUCAGACUGCGAUUGAAGAGGCUGGGACCCAAUUGUCACCGAAUAUGGGCUGGGAUGCUCAGACUCUGCCGACGCAAAUCGUCGAUGCCGGUCUAGAUCUCGUUUUUCGGGAUUUGGUAUCUAUGGAAACAGCUGCGACAAGACCAAAUUUCAAAAAGUUCUGUCAUAGCUGGCGUAAUUACCUUGCUGGUAGUCCUUAUUCUGGCGAUACUAUUCGCACCGUAUUGGAUGGCAUCCAACAGGGAAUCAAUACGUCACGAACGGGCACCGAGCAAUCUUUUGAAUGGACCAUGGACCGAAUUAAGCUGGAGUUGCUUGAUGCAACUGUCGCAGGUCUCUCUAAUCAUGGGGUAGACGAGCAAAGCCGUUUCAAUGACCUUAUUUGGUGCGAUAUAUUACAAAGAAUUUCAGAGUUAACGAUCAAUACCGUGCGCCUCUUUCGUAAAGCCAUGGACUAUAUACCGGAGAAUCAUUUGAAUGACGUGUCGACAGGCGUGUUAGCUAAUAUACGCACCUUUUUGAUCGCCUCAAGUCUUCAUACGGACCGUUCGAGUAUCAGUCGGCAAGCCAACAAAAUGGCUGCAUCCCUGAGAAAGCUUAACUCAACCGAUCAUCUCCACAUACUUGAAGAUGGUACUAAGCACUUGUUAAUGCUUAGAAAAACGACAAAUUUAUACUUCCCUCGGAUACGUAUGGGCUGGCUACAACUCUUAGCCCGGCUACCAAGUGUAGACGACGGUUAUCUGGCAAAGACAGCUUGUAUUCUCGAAGCUGGCAAACGCGUAAAAUCUCUUUCGAACAGAGAGAUUUGUGAAAUGUAUUUGGCUAUGCAUCGCUCUUCGCUUAAAUGUCGCGAUAGAAUGUAUAACUGCGUCCAGAAAUAUAACGUGGAAGAUUCGGAAGCCUAUGGUCACUUCGGUAUGGAAUUAUGGGAGACGGAUCAAUUCGGGUUGGCAAAAGGCUUUUGUAAGUUUCUCUAUAAACUUGGCCGAGAGCAAGACGUUAUGAAAUUUGCGAAAGGCGCCCGAAUCUUUAUCAAGUGCGAGGCAAGUCCUUUAGCCAACAUUGCUAUUGGGGUGGGCGAUCCAGUUCUAGCUAUAAACAUCUUAAACCUCUAUAGGGAAAGUAGAGUGGAUGAAAAAAGAAUGGGAGCUCCUCGGGGCUCCUCGUAUACGAGCUUAGCGACGGCGACUUUGAUAACUCUCUCCAAAAACCGAUCAUUCAGGCCCUACAAAAUUUUAAGUGCUCUGCGGGUAAAGCAACUUCCGGGAAAGCAUGUUCAAGGACCUCUCAGGUUCCCUACGAUACGUCAACUACGAAAAGCAACGAUAGCGGCAACUAGAGCAGCAAUGACGUUUGCUAUCUUAGAGAACAUAUCGUCUAAGCAAUCUUUUACUUUUAUCUCGAAUUGCAUCACCUACCUUCAAAAGAAGCGUGGCCUGGUGGUAACAGAGCCUGCCCUGCGGGCGUUACUCCACAACAUCACAAGGGACCUUGCAGAAGGGAAGCCUGGCAGAAUCACCCGACUACGGUGGUUCCUAUCCCUGGCAGAUAGGCAUAUCGGUCGCGACAGGAUGUUGAAGCUUGGUUUGGCUCUAAAGGAAUGGAGAAGAAUCAAUGCCUGGCGUCGCCGUAUGGAUGCCGGAUGAGGCGCCGGCCGAAGCCAGGGUGGCUUGAAAAAGCAAAACGCAGAAAAAAAAGGAGGAGGGGCACAAGUCCUGGCCGUCUAGUAAUGUACCUACUAGACGAAAGCCGGGUGUGAUAAAAACCGAACCACGGUCUUGGGAUACCUACUUGGGAUACCUAGUGUGUGUGUGUGUGAUGUGUGGAUACGCGCCAGGGUAUGUGAUCAGCAUACUAUGUACAUACCUAGGUAGUAUAGUCGAUAUAUAGCUGGGGGAAAAUAAAUAUAUAUUUUUCAAUAGUAUGACAAGCAAGAUGUCGUGCGAACUACGUAAUGCAUUACAGUAUGAACUGAUUCCGGC